AGCAGUCCGAUUCAUCCCGAUGUCGGCUUCACUCGGCGCUUGGCGAGUGAACUGAGCAGUUCGACGGGCUAGGCCCCCACACAACACACAAACGCCGGUCGUCUAGCUCGCCGUACGCUCGCAAAACCAGCGGCCACGUCCUUGUUCGUCCUGGUAUACACUCGCGAACAUCCUAAGCGCCCGCUGCUUCCGCCUUCCAUCCAUGUUGUGAUAGACAGUCCCGUGUGUGUGUUUCUGUCGUGUCCUUCUAAACAACGAAGGCGGGGAAAAAGAAAGGAUUACGGCCGUUCAUUUCCUUUGCGGCGUGUCUCAGCAGCAGAAGGAUUGCGACUACGGGACGCGGGCGCUUCCAACAUGGCGGAGCUGCUGUGUCUGGAGCAAGACGUGGACUUCCAGGACCGGCCGGAGGGCGAAGGUCCCAUGCGUUCGUACCGGGACCCGACAAUCUUCGAUGACGCCAGUGUGCUCGAGAACCUGCUACGGUCCGAGGAGAGGUACGCCAUCAACCCACGCUACUUCACCUGUGUCCAAACGGAGAUCGCGGUCAACAUGCGACGCACCGUCGGACAGUGGAUGCUGGAGGUGUGCGAAGAAGAACAGUGUCGUGCUGAGGUCUACCCGCUGGCCAUGAACUGCCUCGAUAGGUUUCUGUCCGUCCAGUCGGUUCGGAAGAGUCAGCUCCAGCUCACGGGGGCAGCGUGCAUGCUCCUCGCCUCCAAGUUCCGGCAAACAAAGCCGCUCACUCUGGAGAGGCUGUGCAUGUACACAGCCUACUCCGUCAACAAGGACGACCUCAGGGACUGGGAACUGCUGGUGGUGUCCAAGCUCCGGUGGGACCUGUCCGGCGUCAUAGCGAACGACUUCCUGGAUCAACUCAUCCACAGGAUAGAACUGCCCGGGGAGUCACGCGGCCAGAGAGACCUCAUCCGGAGUCACUCGCAAACCUUCAUUACCCUCUGCGCCACCGAGUUCGAGUUCAGCCUUUCCCCAGCGUCCAUGGUGGCCGCGGCGAGCAUCAGCACUGCAGUCGCGGGCCUGGUGCGACUCAGCUGGAGCCAAAAGCGAGAGCUACUACAACGGCUACAUGAAAUCACCAGCAUAGAGGUGGACUGUCUCCAGGACUGCCAGCACAGGAUCGAACAGAUGCUGGCGCGCAACUGCCCGGAGAUCGCACGGUCUUCGAGCAGUGUCAACACUUCUGCAGCACCGCCGGCCUCGGGGGACUACUCGACCAAGGUGGCCAACGAGGCGGCCGGACUGGAGACUGAGACCCCGGACACGCCAACGGAUGUCCAGGACGUGCUAUUUUGAGGCCUGUGGCCCUCGCUAGACAACUAUCGACUGAGGUCUAGGUGCCGAAACCAGCUCAUGAACCCUCUCGUCAUGUGCGUGAACUGACUUUACCCAAAAUGUGCCUUGUGCAAGAUGGAAGACAAGCCCACGAGCUCGACAGAACUUUGGUGAAUGGUACAGUGAAAACCGCUUCGCUUCCUUGCCUGCGUCCCUCGAAGACAAGAAUGGCGGAAGUCUGCUCGGUGGAGUCGUUAGGGUCCUCGUGUAUGUGUGUGGACAUCGCGUUUUUGGAAGUGUGCGCUUGAAGAAUUGGAGACGCCUAGUCAACGACGGAUUUUGAGACUCUCUUGUCGUGUAUUUGUUUUUCCGCCGAGUGUCGUUUUACUCUUGUGUUUUGAAGAAAAAGGGGUCGACAAGGAGUUCAAUAAUAAGCUUUUUUUUUUGUGAAAGUACUAUACUUUGAUAGGAGUAACAAGAAAUGUCUGGUGCACGUGUUGUUUUUUUAGUUGGAUAGCGUCGGCAGGUUACGUCAAGAGUCUGAAACUCCAACUCUUUAUUCUUCUUUUUUUUUCUACGUAGGUCGCGUAAUUUGUCAGUACGCCCGUGCCCAGCUACAUUUUUAUUACAUCUGUACGGAGUGAAAUUGUAAGACAAGAGUGUUAAAUGGAAGCGACCGCGGGUAUUUUGUGAAUGACGACGCUUGGUUGAAACUCAGGAAAGGCUAGGCAGUGUGAGGCUACGUGGGUAUUAUAAUAAUAAUAAUUAUUAUUAUUUGUGUCGUUACUUUCGAUUACAAUAUUUUUUAUUAUUAUAUUAUUGUAACCGAGCCAAGCACGAGGGCAUUUCUUGCGGUUGCGUCUCCGUCGUUUUUGUGUGUGCGUGUAGGUAAAUGUUUCAAUUAAUUAUACAACUAUAAAUCGCGCGCGCGUAAAAAAAAAAAAAAGUUGUGUCUUAUUUCCUAUUUCCUAGUUGUGUCCCGUUUUUCUUCUUUUUUUUUUAUGGUAUUUUUCGAAGCUUUCAUAGACAGAAUAACAUGAAAACGAAGACAGAUCCCAUACGCUAAAUGGAGUCAAGAAUGCGAAAGUGACUUAAUACCUCUUGUGGAAAGAUAAGUAUCACGCAGUUCAAACACAGAAAGGGCAACUGAAACAAAGCAAUAAACCAUUUUUCGAAUCAUACUUUCUGCACCCAAAUGGGUUUUGAAAUACCAAUUUGAACCUUGGGAGUAAUUUGACCGGCAUAUUUGAAGCUGGUGGUUGUUCCGGAUUAAUACCGGAGCUGAAUUCCGGAUUAGAUCCGGCUUCGUUGUCCCGGCCCGCGGAGUUAAAUUAGGAUUCAUCAUGAUCAUGCGCUUCUUCGUUUUACUGGUUUAAAAAUGUUGAGGAAUUUCGCAUUUUCGCUGAGACAACUUCUGACAACCUUGUUACCGCGGGAUGUCAAAAAGUGGUUAGUACAUGUCUCGGUUUGCGAAUUCUAGACAAGAUUCUUUCAAAAUUAACUUGACUUUCCUGGACUGAGGGAAGUUUGGUUGCAGUAGCCCUUUAAAGACAGUCCAGAGUAUGUUGUAGUCAUCUUGCAAUACCUCACAGCAUCAUAAUUUAUAGGUAUGUCCCCUUUAAUGUGUGUGUGUACGUGUGUGUUACGUCUAUGAAAAAGAUACAGAGCUUCCGGGAAAGCUUUGAGAGCUUGGAUAACGCAGUGGGCGGAAACUUUUCCCGAUUUUUCGUGUUUACUUUUUUUCUUCUAGUGAGUCUUUUUUUUUCUGCCAAAAUAUGCUGGUCAUAUGCGUCUGUCAUGUCAUGCCGAGUCCUGUGUCUGUUCCUUUUUUUUAACUCGAAGUAGUCCAUUAGUUUGUCGUUUUUUUUCUUUUUUUAUAUAUUAUUUUAUAUAUUAUAUACGACACACGCAUUUAGAAUUUACAGCAUGAAUUCUCCCGUCGUUUGUGACAGCCUGUAAUAGCCGAAGCAGCAGACUUGACUUUUUUUUAAUCAUAUAUAGUCAAUUAGUGAACGUUAAGAAAUGGUAGGAGAAACAAAUUGUGAUCUCCCGAGACACAAUGUUUUGAUGGAGUACGUAUGUUUUUAUACGAACUGUCGAGUUUAUUUAUUCACUGCCUUUCGUCCCCGAUAUCUUUGAAACUGACCCGUCUUUUGUAUCGUUGAAUUGUGGAAACUGUCAGCAUGAAGCUAUAGACAUUUUCCAUAGGGGCGCCGCCAUCUUGAAUAGUCGUCACUUCCAAUAUGGGCGACGACAAAAUAGUAAAACUUUUCAACCUGUAACCAGUAAAAAAAUAGAGGAGAACCGAAACGAGAAUGUGUGACGGUUAGGCUUAUAUCCUAAAUGUCUUCUAUUGGCGCGGCGACGGCAAAGUUAUGUUUUCGCCCAUACUGGAAGUGACGACAAUUCAAGAUGGCGGCACCCUUGUGGAAAAGGUCUAUACUGAGUCCAGCCGCGACUACCUGGGCACCCGCAAAAAUCGAAAGUGAAGUGUUAUAUAUAUAUAUAUAUAUUUAUAUAUUUAGCAUAUGGUACCUAUUGAUUGGACGUUGUACAAACACGUGAUCACACCGACGCAGAACCUCUCAGGUACAACGGCAAAGUAUUUGUCCUCAAUCGGAGUGUGACAACCUGAGCAGCAUUGCAGCUCUUCUUCAGUUUAUCCUGUUUCAUAAAAAUGGCGGCGUCUUCCGCCAGGAGAUUGACACUAUUCUUCGUUCUGAGUGAUGGAACUCUUUUCCACAACCCCCCCUCACAAAAUGGUGUCCUAGAUUACAAAAUGGUGUCCUAGAUUGUUCUGAAAUGAUACAAUCGCAUUAUUUUACGGUGGAGUAGUGAAUUGCACUCUUUUGAGACAUAUCAAUGCAAGUGAACAGCAGGACAUGACCCAACCGGAGAAAAGAAAAAAAGAAAAAAAAAAUGUCCUUCAAAGUUUUGUGCCAUUUAUUUGAUAUCGGCUAAGUGUGUGUUUGUUUUCGUUUAUAACAAAGUGCCUGAAAUGUUCAUAGUAAUGCUGUGUUGUUGUUUUUCUUCUUCCACAAACUAGAAAAAAAAAAAGAAAUUGUACGACGAUCAUUCGUGCACAUGUGUAAAUAUGUUUUUUAUAGAGCAUAUUUUUUUUUCAAUCGCAAUAAAAAAAUAAACGGGAAAUGUUCAACUUGA